AGAAGAAAGCAUGUACGCCACUGCCGAUGACCUUCGUUACCUUCCAUCCCCACCUUCUCUCCAAGCGCUCCUCGCUCUCUCCAAGGUCUCUCCUCAAAUGCCUCGCCUACGUCGCUUCCUUCUCCACCACUCCCCUCGGUCCACGUCCCCUCGCCAAGAUGACCUUCUACCAUGUAUUCCAGCAAUGCUCCAAGCACCACGAUGGCGACACCGGCGGCCAAGCCCAUGCCCGAAUGCUCGUCUCCGGCUUUGUCCCCACCACCUUCGUCGCCAACUGCUUGAUCUACAUGUACAUCACAUGCUCCAACUUGGACUACGCUCAUCAGGUGUUCGUCCGUAUGCCCCAAAGGGAUACCGUCUCUUGGAACGCCAUGAUCGCCGGAUACGCGCGGAAUGGGUCGGUGGAUGUCGCCAAGUCCCUAUUCGAUAGAAUGCCCGAACGAGAUGUGAUCUCGUGGAAUUCGCUGAUGUCCGGGUGCUUGCAAAAUGGGGGGUUAUACGAGCCCAUAAAUCUCUUCAUCCAGAUGCUGUGGAAUGGGAUCGAUCCGGAUCGAACUACGUUCGCCGUCAUUCUCAAAUCCUGCGCUGCAUUGGAGGAACUCAACAUGGGAAUCCAGAUUCAUGGCGCGGUCGUUAAGAUGGGUUUGCAUUUUGAUGUGGUUACCGGGAGUGCUCUUGUGGACAUGUAUGCCAAGUGCAAAAGCCUGGACGAGUCAAUUUGCUUGUUCAGUGAAAUGCCAGAGAGGAACUGGGUUUCUUGGAGUGCUGUGAUUGCAGGUUGUGUUCAGAAUGAACAUUAUGCCACGGGGUUCGAAAUGUUCAUAGAGAUGCAACGAGCUGGUGUUGGGCAGAGUCAGUCAGCUUACGCAAGUGUUUUCAGAUCCUGUGCUGCAUUAUCCUCUGUGAAAUUAGGCAGACAGUUUCAUGGGCAUGCUUUCAAGAACAAUUAUAGUUCUGAUGUCAUUGUUGGAACUGCCAUUAUGGAUAUGUAUGCAAAAGGUGAUAGUUUGGAUGAUGCUAGGAGAGUGUUUCAAUGGCUGCCAACCCGCUCCCUGCAAUCUUGGAAUGCCAUUAUCGUUGGAUUUGUGCGCAAUGAUCAAGGGCAUGAGGCCAUCGAGCUAUUUAAACUCAUGAAUCACUCUGGUGUUGGCUUUGAUGAGAUCAGCUUAUCUGCUGUUCCGAGUGCCUGUGCAGAGGUCAAAGGGUAUCUGCAGGGUCUGCAAGUUCAUUGCUUGGCUCUAAAGUCUGGAGUUAUUUCUGAUGUCUGUGUUGCAAAUGCAGUUUUGGAUAUGUAUGGAAAAUGUAAAGCUCUGGAAGAAGCUUGUGAUAUUUUUAAGGAGAUGGAUUGGAGAGAUUCAGUAUCUUGGAAUGCAGUUAUUACAGCAUUCGAGCAGAAUGGACAAUAUGAAGAGACAUUGUUGCACUUUCAUCAGAUGUUGCAUUGUGGCUUGGAACCUGAUGAGUUCACUUACGGAAGUGUUCUCAAAGCUUGUGCAGGACUGCAAUCUUUGGAUUGUGGAGUUAAAGUUCAUAAUAAGAUGAUCAAAUCUGGGCUUAGUUUGGAUUCUUUUGUGGGAAGUGCUCUUGUUGACAUGUACUGUAAAUGUGGAAUGAUGGGAGAAUCACAGAAACUCCAUGACAGAAUAGAUAAGCAGACAUUGGUAUCUGCAAAUGCAAUAAUAUCGGGGUUCUCACUCCAGAAACAAAGUGAGGAAGCACAGAGCUUCUUCUCCCAGAUGCUAGAUAACGGCCUAGAGCCUGAUAAUUUUACUUAUGCAACUGUUCUCGAUACUUGUGCAGAUCUAGCUACAAUUGAACUAGGGAAGCAAAUCCAUGCUCAGAUAAUGAAGCUAGAUUUAGACAAGGAUGUCUUCAUAUCGAGCACCCUUGUUGACAUGUAUGCCAAGUGUGGAAACAUGAAUGACUCUCUGCUGACAUUUGAAAAGAUGCUUAAUCGCGAUUUAGUAUCAUGGAAUGCCAUGAUAUGUGGAUAUGCUUAUCAUGGACUUGGACUAGAUGCACUGAGAAUGUUUGAGAGGAUGCAACUAGAAAAGGUCAGACCAAACCAUACAACAUUUGUAGCGGUUCUUCGGGCCUGUGGGCAUGUUGGUUUGUUUGAUGAGGGCAUGUCCUACUUUCAUCUGAUGACCAAUCACUACAAGUUGGAGCCACAAUUAGAGCACUAUUCUUGCAUGGUGGAUAUAGUAGGCCGCUCGAAAGGGAUCAUUGAAGCCUUGGAGCUCAUUGAUAAAAUGCCAUUUGAAGCUGAUGCUGUUAUAUGGAGAACUCUUCUGAGUGUGUGCAAGAUUCAAGGGAAUGUGGAGGUCGCAGAAGUUGCGGCAAAUAGCCUACUGGUGUUGGAUCCUGAGGAUUCAUCCUCUUGUGUUCUUCUAUCAAACAUAUAUGCGGAUGCUGGAAGAUGGGGAGAGGUGUCAAAGAUGAGAAGGUUAAUGAGGCAGAGUAAGCUUAAAAAGGAACCUGGUUGCAGCUGGAUAGAGAUAAAGAAUGAAUUGCACACUUUUCUUGUGGGAGACAAGGCUCAUCCUAGAUGCAGUGAGAUAUAUGAAAGGUUGGAUGAACUAGUUGCUGAGAUGAAGUGGGUAGAGUGUCCACCUAACCUGGAUUCAUUUAUUGAGGAUGAGGAAGAGGAUCAGCAAGAACAUCUUGCAAUGGGUAAUGGAUGAGCCACUCAAACGAGAACGAUGUAUUAAGCUUUUUUGCACCAAAAAGGAAAUAGAUGCUCUAAAUUAUUCUUUCUUAAGCAACAGCCUAAAAAUGGGUUAGGAAGUGUAUACCAAUUGGUCAUAUGUUUCUUUGAAUGGUUGACAGGCCAUCAGUCCCUGGUUAAGAUGGGUCACUCAAAUAAAGGGGGUCAAAUCAAAGAUGACAGACUUGAGGUUUAAUGUUUUUGUCUCCAAGUUCUCAAGUUCCUUUUGAGCUCCAACUGACAUCUUUACCAAUCUACUUGCCUAGAGAGUUGCAACAUCGUGAACUUCUGAUUCUGUUUUGAAGAGAAUCAUUCGCAAUGGUAUGAGAAACAAGCAUGGUGAUGGUUCCUGUCGUACGGAAAUUCAGCUGAUGAAUGAAUCUCAUGCUGUUGUAUCUGAUACCAUCUUUGUUUGAUGGUUCAAUGCUUUUGCCAGGUCAAGGGAUACUUCCAGAGUUUCCUAAUGCAUUGCUUGACUUUUGAAAUUAGUCUCGGAUAUUUCGUCUGUCCUGGAUCGAGUUUGAAUGAAAACAGAUAGCUGUGGUACGGGAUCUGCAUGUUUUCUAAUGGCCCUGGAGGAGGGAUUGUUGCAUCCUUAUCAGAAGCAUUGUGGCAUGAAACCAUGUGAUCGGCUCGAAGCACUCUUGAGAUGCCAUGUUGAGUUAGCUCAGUCAGGAUUUAGAUGCUGGCAGCAGUGAUGAUACUGUAUUAUGUGCGUGUAAUUUGAUAGAAACAUUUGAACUUUCGGAAAUAGAAUUCUAGUUUUAAAUCUUCAAUUUAGCUUUGUAUGCAAGCUAUACUGUCCCUUUUUUAAUCAUCAUUUCUUCAAUGCUUAAUGA